AUGGGAAUGUGGGAGGAAGCGAGUGACCCAGUGAUGGGGAAGAAGGAUAAAAAUGAGGAGCGGAAGGAGAGAAUCCUGAAUCUCACACUGGAGAUUAUCUAUCUGCUGACUGGAGAGGGCUACGUCAUCCCUAAGAAGAAGAGCCCAACUGUGGGUUUGGGGGCCCUGCAUGCCCCUGGCUCCGUCAUACAGAAGGAAAAUGACAAGAAGAUCCUGGAACUCAUCUCCAACAUCAUCCAGCUGCUGACUGGAGAGGUUGCCAUAAGGUGUGAGGAUGUUUCCAUCUAUUUUUCCUUGGAGGAGUGGGAGUAUAUAAAAGGAAACAAGGCCCUUUACAGGGAAGGGAUAAAGGAGGAGGAGGAGGAGCCCCAGCAGCUCCGCCCACUGGCAGCCUGUGAGUAUAAAGAUGGGAGCGAUGUUACAGCACAUACGGAAGCAACUUUAUGUUGUAAUAAUGAUGGGAAUCUCACAAACCCUGAUGUUUCUCCAGCGGAACAGCCCCCAUCGGCCAAUGGGAUUAAAGAGGAGGCGGCUUCAUGUGAAGGGGGAAACCAAUCAGAUUGCAGCAUUAAUCCCCUUACAGAACAGAUACAGGGAACAGACACACCUACUCCUAUCAUGGGGUGCAGCCUGAAUAUCUUAAAAAUGAAGGGUAAUAAAAAUACCCUCCAAUCUCCACAUAAAUCUCACAUAACAGAAAAUGCAUUAUGUAGGAAAUACAGCUGCAAUGAGUGUCAGAAACAAUUUACUUAUAAGAGAAACUAUGAUAAACAUCAUAGAACCCACCAAAGUAAAAAAACCUUUUCUUCUUCUAAUUGUGGAAAAUAUUUUUCAAUUCGAUCCAACCUUAAACGCCAUCAAGUAACUCACACAGGGGAGAAACCUUUUUCUUGUUCUGAAUGUGGGAAAUGUUUUUUAAGACAUUCAUACCUUGCUCGUCAUCAAAGGACACAUACAGGGGAGAAACCAUUCUCUUGUUCUGAAUGUGGGAAAUGUUUUUCAAACAAAUAUGAGCUUAAAGGCCAUCAAGUAACCCACACAGGAGAGAAACCAUUUUCUUGUUCUGAAUGUGGGAAAUGUUUUUCAAAGCAAUCUAACCUUGCUUCUCACCAAAGAACUCACACAGGGGAGAAACCUUUUUCUUGUUCUGAAUGUGGGAAAUGUUUCUUAAAUCGCUUUAACCUUGCUCGUCAUCAAAGGACUCACACAGGGGAGAAACCAUUCCCUUGUUCUGAAUGUGGGAAAUGUUUGUCAACUAAAUUACAACUUAAAAUGCAUUAUAGAACCCACACAGGGGAGAAACCUUUUUCCUGUUCUGAAUGUGGGAAAUGUUUUUCAAGGCAAUCUGACCUUAAAGACCACCAAAUAACCCACACAGGAGAGAAACCAUUUUCUUGUUCUGAAUGUGGGAAAUGUUUCUUAAAUCGCUCUUACCUUGUUCGUCAUCAAAGGACUCACACAGGGGAGAAACCAUUCUCUUGUCCUGAAUGUGGGAAAUGUUUUUCUAGCCAAUCUCGCCGUGCUCAUCAUCAGAGAAUUCACACAGGGGAGAAACCAUUUUCUUGUUCUGAAUGUGGCAAAUGUUUUACAUAUCGAUUUCAGCGUGAUUGUCAUCAGAGAAUUCACACAGGGGAGAAACCAUUUUCUUGUUCUGAAUGUGGGAAAUGUUUUUCAAACCAAUGGCACCUUAAAAAUCAUCAUAGAAGCCACACAGGGGAGGCACCAUUUUCUUGUGAAUGCGGGAAAUGUUUUACAAAUCGAUCUAACCUUGAUCGUCAUCAAUUGAUCCACACAGGGGAGAGACCUUUUUCCUGUACUGAAUGUGGGAAAUGUUUUGCUGCUUCAUCAGAACUCACUGUCCAUCAACAACGAACCCACACAGGGGAGAAACUUUCUUGUUCCAAAUGCGGGAAACGUUUCUCACGUCGAUCUAACCUUAUUCGUCAUCACAGAACCCACACAGGGGAGAAACCAUUUUCUUGUUCUGAGUGUGGGAAAUGUUUCUUAAAUCGCUCUAACCUUGCUCGUCAUCAAAGCACUCACACAGGGGAGAAACCUUUUUCUUGUUCUGAAUGUCAGAAGAGUUUUGCCAGCUCAUCAAAACUUACUGUCCAUCAACGACAAGUUCACACGACAGAAAAACCCUUUUCUUGUUCUGAAUGUGGGAAAUGUUUCUCAGAUCGAUUUAUAUUUACUCGUCAUCAAAGGACUCACACAGGGGAUAAACCAUAUUCUUGUUCUGAAUGUGGGAAAUGUUUUGCCACUUCAUCAGAAUGUACUAUCCAUCAAAGACGAAUCCACACAGGGGAGAAACCUUUUUCUUGUUCUGACUGUGGGAAAUGUUUUGCCAGCUCAUCAAAACUUACUGUCCAUCAACGACAAGUUCACACGAUGGAAAAACCAUUUUCUUGUUCCGAAUGUGGGAAAUGUUUCUCAGAUCGAUCCAACUUUGCUCGUCAUCAAAGGACUCACACAGGAGUGAAACCAUUUUCUUGUUCUGAGUGUGGGAAAUGUUUUUCAGCUCACACUACCCUUGCUUGUCAUCUAAAGACACACACAGGGGAGAAACCAUUUUCUUGUUCUGAGUGUGGGAAAUGUUUUUCAGCUCACACUAGCCUUGCUUGUCAUCUAAAGACACACACAGGAGCGAAACCAUUUUCUUGUUCUGAAUGUGGGAAAUGUUUUUUAAAUCGCUCUAACCUAGUUCGUCAUCAAAGUAUUCACACAGGGGAGAAACCUUUUUCUUGUUCUGAGUGUGAGAAAUGUUUUGCUAGCUCAUCGGAACUUAAUGUCCAUCGACGACAAGUUCACACGUCGGAGAAACCAUUUUCUUGUUCUGAAUGUGGGAAAUGUUUCUCAGAUCGAUUCAACUUUGCUCGUCAUCAAAGGACUCACACAGGGGAGAAACGAUUUUCUUGUUCUGAGUGUGGGAAAUGUUUUGCCACUUUAUCAGAAUGUACUAUCCAUCAAAGACGAACCCACACAGGGGAGAAACCUUAUUCUUGUUCUGAAUGUGGGAAAUGUUUUUUCACUUCAUCAGAACUUACUGUCCAUCGACAUGGAAUCCACGCAGUAGGAACACCUUAUUCCUGUACUGAGUGUGGGAAAUGUUUUGCAUUUAAGAGUCGUCUAAAUGCACACUUUAAAAUUCACACAGGAGGAAAACCAUAAACUUGUUAUCCAUGUGUCUCUUCAUCAGACCUUUGUGUCCAUUAAUAAAAAACUUGCACAGGGGAGAAACCAUUUUCCUGUUCUAAAUGUGGCAAAUGUUUUAAAAAUCAGCCAAACGUUUCUUGUUUAUUGACUACAUUUUAAUACGCAUUUCAGUAUUUACAGAGGGGAGGAACAGCCAUUUGCACUAUACAGUGUAUCAUAGGUCAAUCAUUAGACCAAUACUGUCCAAACUGUGAGCUUGAUGGACACUGGUUAUUGCUUAGGUGCCCCAUAAUUCUCUUCCUACGGCUCUGCCUCACCAUUUGGAACUGAGGGACCUCAUUUCAUUGCAAUAUAUCUCUUCCUCCCACCAACAGAUAAAAUCAAGAAGGGACAUAUUCCAAGGGAUAAAACAUUCCCAGGAUAUCACUUGGGCAGAUGUUUUCAUCUAAUUCUUGCACAUUAGAUAACAUAUUGGAGAUAUGCCCAGCUGGGAAUAUGCUGGUAAGAUAUACACGUUCAGAUUUUGGUCUCCUUCUUCGUACAUUAAAAUGCAACAAUCUAAAACUAACAGACUGAAAUUGUAGCAUAAAUGGGAGGAUGUUCUGAACAAAAAAUAGUUGGCAGCACCAAUCGUGUGAAAGAGACGUCCCAGAAUUGCAUUGUAGGCCCCCAAGAAUACCGCCGGAUACUUGAUACAUGCGCAGAUUUUAUCGUUAUCCAAUUGCAAUUUUCUUACCUGUCCGAUCAACUAAAUGACCAAUCUCCACGGUAUGAAAGUUAUUGUAGGUUUCGUAUGAUUUUAUGGGUGCGUGUAUGGGCAGCUUCAGACCCGGACAGCUGGAAAGAGGUAGAAAGAUCCUCUCCUCCCCACUGAUAAGCUCAAGAGAGAGGUUGAUCCAGUUUAAUAUCAUAACCAAACCUACCUCACCCUGAAAUAACUGCAUUUCAUGGGUCGUCUAGAACAUUUAUACAUUUGAUGUGGUAUUGCCCAGACUUUCAAAGGUUUAUGAAGUUUCCUUCAAAUUCUGUUAUGCAAAAAACAGGUGUAGGAACGUUCCAUUGCUUUCUAAAUCGGGGAUCCCCGACUUUUUUUUACUCGUAAGCCACACUCAGAUUUAAAAAGUGCUAGGGAGCUACACAAGAAUGGAUAAAGUUCUUUUGGUAGGCCAAAUAAGGGCUGUGAUUGGCUAUUUCGUAGCCCCAUGUGACCUGCUGGCCUGCAGGAGGCUCUGCUUGGAGUAUAACUGUCUCUGGGCUUCCAAAACUUGCCUCCAAGCUACAAAUUUCAAAAUGGCACCUACUGUGAGGCCACUGGGAGUAACAUCAAAGGGGGUGGGGAGCUACAUGUUCCUCUCGAACCAUUGGUUCCGAGCCACUGGUUGGGGAUCACUGCUCUAAAUGGAUAAAACUGACUCCCUGUUGGAACUUUACAGGCUAAAUUACUUAGCCAGAGGCUGCCCACAAACAUUGGCGGAGAUAUGGAACGGCUGGCUCGACUCCCCUGCGGGCACAGGCUCCUAAUGCUGCUUUUCUGCACUCUCCGACUCUCUUUGUCUCUUGCCUCAUCCUCCCUCCGUUUAUUUCUCCUUAUUAUGUCUUAUAAAUGUGUAAAAUUGUACUAUUAAAAAAAAUGUUUCUGGUAAAAA